CCGUUCCGACCGAGGCAGUUCCUCAUAGCUGCAGCCCAUGUUUUGCCAACUGCGCGCAACAAGUUGCAGACACUCCCAGCAGAGGCAACCCUUCGGCGAACCGGGGCCAGCGGAUGGUGUUUUCUGCGCCUCUCUUCGCGGAUUACGCGUCUUCGGGUUGCGCACACGCCUCCCCCGGCCCCCCCAUCGGAAGGCAGAGGGGGAAUAAACGGUGGAGAUCCGGAGAGGGAGUUCAGGAAAGGACGGGGCUGGAUCCGUGGGAAUAGGCCGGCCUGUCAGGCCUCCCUGGAUCGGAGUCUUGGACUACAUGGACAGGGCUCCGAAAUAACCCAGUCUGGAAUAUAUUUGCGAGGGCCCACUGGAUUAAAAAUGGAAGAAGAGUGUAUGAGAAGAAGAAAUGCAAACCCAUAGUGCAGCCGAGCAACACAUGAGAAGGGAUGUAGUGGAAGUUCUCCCGGAACGAAGAAAGAAUCUGUGUCUUUUCUCCCGGAGCUGCACUGACUGUGAUGCCAGCAGCCUCGAGAUAUUGCGCACGUCCAGAGGAGGCGAUUUCCAGUCAAGUAACGUCAGGAGCGACUGGAUGAAGGCGUAAGAGCAAGAAAAACCCGUUGCAUCACCGACCGGUCCUUUCCGAGAAGGAUGUUCAGUUCAGGAGGGAGAAGGAGUGAUGACAGUGUUUUUACCGCAGCUGGAGAGAGAGCCGGGAUCAAACCCAGAGCCUCGGAGGAGGAGGACGCAUGUGAUGUGAGUACUGACGCAAACCGCGCUUGGAUAAUGACCUGCUCAAGAAACUGGAACGGUGCGUCUUGUGUGAGUGAGUGUGCCGGCUGCUGUGUGCGUAGAGGAGACGUCUGUUCGGCGCUCACCAUUCAUGCAGCGUGAAUAUUCCAACAAACGCCCACGCACCGCGUCUUGUUGCCUGAGCGCCAUCAGAAGAUAUUAUUAAUAUCCCCCCCCCAUACAUACACACUCCAACCAUCGUCUCCGCGUCUCACAGCAGUCAACAUGGCCACUCUGCAACAUCACCGGCAGCUUCUCGUGCGUGGAACUGAAGUCAGCUGUGACUCCAGCGGGGAUGGCGCCGUGACCGUGCGAAUUGCCAACAACGCGCCACACGCGCACCAACGUGAGCCACUGAGGGCAGUCAACAGUGGAGGAGGAGGAGGAGGAGGAGCUGGAGGCUGUGGGGCUGUGAGUAAAAGGAACCCUGACCUCCACAAAUACAGCAUCUCCUCCAGCUGCAGCUCAGCAGAGUCCAGGCCUGCUGUGACCUCCAUUUCCAGGGUGCAAAGGAAGGCGCCGCCUUUGUUCGAACGCUCUGCUGCACAGUGCUGGGACCCCAAGUUUGACUCCCCGAUCCUGGAGGAGGCGUGCCAAGAGAGGUGCUUUCCUCAGACGCAGCGCCGCUUCCGCUAUGUCCUGUUUUACCUCGCCGUGGCUGCUGUACUCUGGGGGGUGUACUUUGGGGUCAACAAUGACCGCUGCAACCCCAUGCUCUUCCUAGCCCCUACAGCGUCCUUCUUUGUUCUUCUAGUGCUCUUCUUUUUGUUCACCUUCACCCAGCCUUACACAUGGCUGUACAACCAAACCUCUUUGGUCCUGAUAGCGGUCACCUUCGCCAUCACCUUAGCUCCACAGAUACAGACUGCUGGUUUCACUGACCUGGAGUGGGCUGGCGGUGGGAAUGCCUCAUAUCGCUCACAAGACGAACCAGUGCAACCUACAAUCCACUGCAUCUCCCCUGUGGGCACCUUUUCCCUGUGCAUGGAGGUUUUGCUAUUGUUAUACAGUGUCCUCCAUGUCCGUCUGUAUGCCUCUGUGAUGCUUGGGCUCCUCUAUUCUAUAUUAUUUGAGGCAUUAGGAUGGCUGCCAUUGCUUCAAAGGAGUUAUGACACUGACAGACAGGGAACAGGGACAGAGGGUUCAGGUUCUGAUUGGGAAGGAAAUACACUGGGCUGGCUCGGCCCGGCCAAAGCUCUGCUUCACUUGUGUGCUCAUGUCAUUGGCAUCCACCUGUUUAUCAUGUCGGAGGUCCGUUCCCGCAGUACUUUUCUCAAAGUGGGCCAAUCCAUCAUGCACGGCAAAGACUUAGAAGUGGAGAAGGCCUUGAAGGAGCGCAUGAUUCACUCUGUGAUGCCACGACGAGUUGCAGACGAGCUGAUGAAGCAGGGUGAUGAUGAGGGCUGCGGCGAGAACUCUGGCAAGCGUUAUUCCUCCGGUGCUUGCUCGGCCUCGGCUAUCUCAGUGGGUGGUGGAGGAAGCUGUGGAGUUUCACAAGCCCAAAGUUCCACAAGCCCCAAAAAUCAGGCUCACAACAAUCACAAACGCAAGAAGACCUCCAUCCCCCGUGGACAGAUCAUAUUUAGGCCCUUUAACAUGAAACGCAUGGAGCCUGUGAGCAUCCUCUUUGCAGACAUUGUGGGUUUCACCAAAAUGUCCGCCAAUAAGUCCGCCCCAGCCUUGGUGGGCCUUCUCAAUGACCUGUUUGGACGUUUCGACCGGCUCUGUGAACUAACCUGCUGUGAAAAGAUCAGCACCCUGGGAGACUGCUACUACUGCGUGGCAGGGUGCCCUGAGCCCAGGCCGGACCAUGCCCACUGCUGUGUAGAGAUGGGCCUGGGCAUGAUCCAGGCCAUCGACCAGUUCUGCCAGGAGAAGUGUGAGGCUGUCAGCAUGCGUGUCGGCGUCCAUACGGGUACCGUGCUCUGUGGGAUCCUUGGAAUCAAGCGCUUCAAGUUCGAUGUAUGGUCUAAUGAUGUAAAUCUGGCUAACUUGAUGGAGCAGCUAGGUGUGGCGGGCAAGGUGCACCUGUCAGAAGCCACUGCCCGAUUCCUGGAUGACCGUUACCAGAGCGAGGACGGGCGGGUGGCAGAGAGAGCUGGCCAGAGUGUGGUGGAGAAACUAAAGGGGCUGCAGACCUACCUGAUCUCAGGGAGGAAGUCGGAGCUCGAUGUGCCGUGUGGCUGUCCUCAGGUGGGACUGCCUGGUGGGGACAAUUCCGCGGUCGGCCUGUCCUCCUGUCCUCAGCCCCACACACCAGACCUCAUCCCUGGGGGAGCGCAGGCUGCAGAGCUCCUGCUGCCAAAUCAGUCACCAGACAGGAUCGCGCCUCCCUGUGUGUCCCGCAGCGUGGCCUUGUCAGCGGGGACAGAGCAGGGCGAUGAUGUGACUGUGUUGAAUGGCUGCCAGGAAGAGCACAAGACAAGUAGUGCCAAGUUCAUCCCAGGUCACAGCCCCCGGGCGGCCAAUGGCCUCCUGAGUCCCCCACUGGACGACCCAGUGCGGGCCAGCCAGAGCUCCUUGUGCGACAUGCUUCAGGAGAAAGAGAAGAAGACCAGCACCAGCACGGGGACUGGCACCAGUCUAGGCAUGGCUGGAGGCACGGGGGCAGCUGGUCCUGGUAUGGACCACUCCGCUCUGAUUCAGCUGCGUGCCAAGAGCUUCAGAGAGAAGAGUGACGCCCACUUUGUGGACGUUAUCAGGGAAGACAGUCUGAUGAAAGAUUACUUUUUCAAGCCACCCAUCAACAAGAUCAGCCUCAAUUUCCUAGAAAGAACUCUGGAAAAGGCCUAUCGCAGCAGCUACAAGGAGGAGGUGAAAAACCAGGCUCAGGUGCAGACGUUUGCCAGCUCCACCUUCAGCUCCUUCCUGGACGUUCUCCUCAGCUGUUUUGUCUUCCUGGCCCUGACCCUGGCCUGCUUCCUGCCACCUCUCGUGAGCCCGACCAGUGUGGGCCCUCCAGCCCCCGCAGCCCUGGCCCUGGCUCCCCUGUCCGGUCUGCUGGAGCUGGCCUCUCUGGUGCUGUCCAUACGUAUGGCCUUUUAUCUGGAGGAGGUGAUGAACUGUACCCGCUCUCUGCUCCUGGGGGUCUCGGGAUGGAUUCCCCAUCAUGUGAUUGGGGCCGUGUUAGUGUCCCUUCCUGCCAUCUCUGUCUUAUCGCACCUCACGUCCAGCGUCCAACUGCCCCUACAGGUGACCAUGUUCCUGUGCUGUGCCACCAUCUUGGCCAUCAUCCAGUACUGUAACUUCUGUCAGCUCAGUUUCUGGAUGCGCUCGGUCCUGGCCACCGCCACUGGGGUCGCUCUGCUGCUGCUGCUGUACAGCCCCUUACACAGGUCCGGUAAUAACAACUUGCCAGUUCAUGGACUGAACGUCUCCACAUCGAGUGAUGGCGUCUCAGAAUCAGGCCCUGACCCUCUCCCACGACCUCUCGACCUUUUGGUCCCUGAGGCCGUCCUGGCUUUCUUCCUGCUUCUUCUGCUGGUCUGGUUCCUCAACCGGGAGUUUGAGGUCAGCUACCGUCUCCAUUACCAUGGCAACGUGGAGGCUGACAAACAUCGCUCCAAGAUCCAGAUGAUGCGCGACCAGGCCGAGUGGCUCCUGGGCAACAUCAUCCCCAUCCAUGUCGCUGACCAGCUCAAGGUGACCCAGAGCUACUCCAAGAACCACAACAGUGUUGGCGUGAUCUUCGCCAGUAUUGUGAAUUUCAGCGAGUUCUAUGAGGAGAGCUACGAGGGCGGGAAAGAGUGCUAUCGCGUCCUCAACGAGCUCAUUGGAGACUUUGACGAGCUCCUUCGCAAACCUGAAUUCAAUAGCGUGGAAAAAAUCAAGACAAUCGGCGCCACCUACAUGGCGGCGGCGGGACUGAACGUCCAGCAGCUGGCUGAGAACGAGGAUGACUCUCCGCACGCACACCUGAGGGCCCUCUUCGACUUCGCCCUGGAGAUGAUGGGCGUCCUGGACGACUUCAACAAGAACAUGCUCGGUUUUGGUUUCAAGCUCCGUAUUGGAUUUAACCACGGGCCACUGACAGCCGGGGUGAUCGGCACCACUAAGCUGCUCUAUGACAUCUGGGGAGAUACGGUCAACAUCGCCAGCCGCAUGGACUCCACUGGUGUUGAGUGUCGGGUGCAGGUGAGCGAGGAGAGCCACGCUAUGCUUAGCGCCAUGGGGUUGGAGUUUGACUAUCGAGGAACUGUGAAUGUUAAGGGCAAAGGUCAAAUGAGGACCUUUCUAUACCCCAAAAGUGGGGAAAGUAUAUGUCAAGAUUGCAUGGAGCAGGCUAUCGGGGAAGGACCCUCGUCUGUGGCAUUGUUGGCCAAUAAGACUUCAGGAUCUGUUCCCCAGGCAGCAGGUUCUCCUCCCUCUUCGUCUUCUUCUUCUCCUCCUCAGCCCCAAAGCGCUGUAAGGCCUUCAGGAGCAGGGCCUGAGCCUGUCCCAGCUCAGUCUGCAGAGAUAAGGGAGGAAGGAUAUAGGGACCCUCCACAGCUCCACGGGCAGCCGACUGCCACAGACAUUCACCCCCCUCCCCUCUCUGAACUAGACCCAGAACCUAGUGCUGCACAAAUGCCCUCCCAGGUGCAGCCUGCUCCUCUCGCACUUCAAGAGGAGGAGGACGAAGAGGAGGAAGCCACUGAGCUGUCAAAACUCAACGAGGAGUUUUAUGCUCGUCUCUGAUCCCUUCCUCUCCCCUGUCUCCUGUCUCCUGUCUCCUGUCUCUGAUCUGCACCCCCUGGAGUGAUUGCAGGUGCGGGGCAGGGAGUCCCUCCCAUUAGACAAAGUGUCUUCAGCAUGGUUGAAGAAGAGGGAGUUAAUCACGCCAACACCAACAGUGGCCACGUUGGUGAUUAACGUGGCCAAUAACAUAUUUUACAGGAAUGUUGCGUUGAGUGCUGGGGUGGGUUAGCCCUGUGUUGAGCACAGCAGUUUAUUGGAGAAAAGGUUGAAAGGGAUUAAGAGGGAAAAGAAGACUUUUUGGAGAUGUCGUUAAUGUUUUUCCUUUUUUUGUUAUCAAGUGCCUUCAGGACUAGAAAAGUGAACAAACAAAUAUGAAUGCUGAACAAAGUUUUAGCAAUCUUAGACUACGGAAGAUGCUGUGGUUUCUUAAUCCAUGCUCUUAUUAUCAAUGCAAGUAUUUCUUAAAAGAAUCAUUAUGGUCAUGGCAUAUCAUUUCUUCAAACUUGAUCAAAGCCUUGACCUUAUACUUAAGGGAAAAAAAGAGAUUCUUUAUAAGUGCCAGUGCAGCGUGAUGGGCUGAGCAGGAAAACUAAGGGAAGAAUGAGGGACUCACAUGAAGCAGUGUUAAUUUAUGUGUUGUGCUUUGACAUGAGGGCUUAAUACUUUAUUCAUUUGUCCUAGACUCAAAUGCUACAAGGCAAGUUGCAUAGAUUUUAGUUUGUGUAGCAGCUAAAUGCACAAUUUAAGCACAGGUCUUGCACAGUUUUUUCUCUACCACUUGUAUUUGGUAGUUAUUACCGGGAGAAGGCUUUUAAGAUGUUUUAACACAAGUUCUUGUCUUUCACAACAAGUACAAUCAAAAGCACAAAAUCAGAUAAGGGAAUACAGUUUUGGAAGAAAAUGUGAUUUUUUUAAAGUGAGAUCAUAAGAAAAGUAGAAAGGCACUUUAAAUAUGCUUUAGGGGUUAUUCCACAUUUGAGUAAAAGACUUUCACCCCACGUAGAACAGAGAGGUGGCUGUAAAAAUCUAUGUUAGUCUAAAAACAGAUGGCAAUUGUGAUCUACUUUCGUUGAUGAUGGUUAAAUUUGAUUUUGCUGAAACUUAUUAAACCAAUCCUGCACUAUAAUCUAUGAUGGAGUAUCCUGGUCAUAUUGAGGAAAAACUAUUUUGUAAUAUUACAAGGACAAAGUCAUAAAAUAAUGAAAAAAAGUCGAAAUAUUAUAUGAGUACAGCUGUAAUUCAAUGGCAAAUAAGUCAUAAUAGUAUCAGAAUAAGGACAAUUUAGCAGCAAGGAGAACCUGUGCUCACUGGAGUUUCACUCCUUCUGGAUCCCCAUCUGGAUCACUUUUCUCACAGUUUCUAGAGAAACUACAAAACUCACACAGAUGUUACCAAAAUUAUCAAACAUUUUCCCCUCCACAAAGGAAGCAACGUCUCAGUGAAUCUUUCUUUGGUAUAAACACACUUUCUCACAAAAUCUGUUCAAAGUCCUGAUACUUGAGAUAAUGUGGUGCUGACAAAAGAUUAACUAUUAUAUAACUAACAUUUCUCAUUUUAACAUGAGAUGAGGCUGAUCUUCUGAUAUCUCCCCUCUAACAUUACAUGUAGCUUAUAUGAUUACUAAAUUCUUCAAUUGGCAGAUUUUUACCCCUUUAAUUAUUCCUAAUACUCCGUUGUAAUAAGUUGCUCCAGUGUCGGUUUGCUUUUUAACUGGGUCAGAACAACUUUAUUGGAGCCGAGCCUCACAGGCUAGAUUGUACACUGCUGUGCGGUAUAAAAAAACGCUAACUAAAACCUUUUUACACACUGAAAUUCUAUAAUUUUGUUGUUGAAAAAAAAAAAAAUCCAAUGAAAAGACCAAAACCAACAAAGUGUGAAUGCAUCUCUCAACACUUCCUGACUUUUCCAUCCUAGUAUUUUGGGGCAUGAUGACAGGAACGACAUGCAACAAAGGUGCCUGGACAUCCAUGAACUGGGGGAUGCUGUGGUUUAUGGUCAGCAGCACCUUAACUCAUAGGCCACCAGGGCAGUACAUUUUGAAUUUGUUGGCGGGACUAUUUUCAGUGGUAGAUUUGCUGUGGUAGUUGGUAUUUAUGGCAGCAGGACAGUGCAUGUGGGAUUAACUUAAAAUAAACGACUGACCCCUUAUUUAGUCAAGAAGGGAGCAUGUCUCCCAUCACUUACAAUGCACCUCAGAGAAUCUAGAUAUAUCAGCGUUGGACACAUUAAUCAGAUUAGAUUGCUUGGUAGAUUAAGGUUUUUUCAAAGGGAUACAAAGAGAAAAAGUGACCAGACUUAAACUUUAAAACCCACUGUGGGGUGAGAGUUUGAUACCCAGAAUAUGUUGGAGUAGGCAUUGGAAGUGAAUUGUGAGGGACAAUCACUGGGUAAUUCUCGAUAAAUGACAGGGUGGUCCAGGUUGCUCUUGGUUGCAGUAUCAAAGCACAGAUCAGCUAAGGCCUCUGGGCGAUCCAUUCUUUGCCUUCAUUGCUGAAUAAAAGACAUCAUCAUCGGUCCGUCCAGUACUUCAGAUCUACUCAAUAGCUCAGUAUUGUCUGCCUUUGGCUGUGUGAUUUGUCGUUGAAGGGGUGGGACGUUUCACUUUUACCCUGUUAUGGCCCCUUCAUUGAGGGGAGCCUCUACUGUAACAAUAUACUUAAAUUUUGCCACUUUAAUUGAGUGAUCUAUAGGUGCAGUGCAACCUAAAGUAGCUGAUUGUUUUGUGGUGCCUAAAACUAUGACUGUAUUUUUUGAGUACUUUGGUUUUCAGAACGUUUCUUUUUUAUCAUGCUGUUGUCAUAAUGAGAGUAGAUUAUGAUUGUGUGUUUGAUGAAAUUAUGCUUGUUGUGCAGGUUUUUCUGCAUUUGAUUGGACAAAUUCCAUCUUCUUUUUGCUCUUUUCCAGUUCCUUCAUUCUGUCAUUAACUGGCUGCCUGGAACAAUAUGGUGGUGUUCCCAUCGAAUACCUGGCACGUCUGAAGCUCUCUUUGCUCUUCUACUCACUUCAUGCUUUGUCUUUACUCCUAGAAAACACUUGUUUUCCUGUGUGUGUGUGAGAGAGAGAGAGAAAGAAAUUUAAGUUUUACUCCAAUUCAAAGUCAUUUACCCGUGAGAGAUUACUGCAGUGAUUCAAAAGGAAAAUAAUCAAUAUCAUAUCAACUGUAUGGCCUAUAUUUAACUGUGAUUUUGCUGACCCUGCCUUAUCCGUAGAGGAUUCACAAAUUUGCAAUCUUUGAAAGGGAGAAUAGACAAAUCCUGAAGUUUGAAAUUUGCAUAGAUACAAAGAUAGAAUUAAAACGUUCAAAUAACUCUAUUUAUGUAGCCACCUAAAUCUGUAACGUAAAGAGCAUCCUUGUUUUCCUCUGCCACUGUGCACCACAAACAUACACAACCAGUGCCUUUCGAAUUAUGGAUAUGUCAGCUCUGAUUAUCUGUAUCAAAUAAUCAUGAUAAGCCCAGUAGCAUAAAAAUCCAAAGACGUUUCUCUAUCGGAGCUGUCCCCAGAAUAACACAAAAAUAGCUUCAUCAGAUCUGCUCUGCAAAAUCUUUUUCACUGCUUUAAGUAGCGUUCCAAAAAGCACAUCUCUCACUCCGCUAUUAUAAUGCAUAUUUCCACCAUGCUCAUGCCUAAUUAAUCACAACACACAUGGUAAUGGAAACAAAUGAGAAUCCCGAGUAUUAAUUGUGAAGGAGGGUUUCUCCCCCCCACACACAUACACAGGCACGCACACGUUUUACAGAUUACCCUUCUGCCUUAAUGUCAUGAGAUAAUCCUCUGGGAUUGUCAGGCCACUGCACUGUAGCUGUCCAUAUAUCAGUUACAAUCCAUAGUAGAUUUGAGGUGUGGGACUCCACAGGUUGAUGGGCACACCACCUCUCCAAUACAGCGCACAUCUGUACACACGUAUGAAUAAAAUAUUACAGUGAACACUGCUGGCUCUGUGAUCUGUGGGGGAGGAGAAUGUGUUCUUGUUCCCAUGAGUAUGACUGGACAAUUUUCUUGUUUGCUCGACACACUACAUUUUAGCUUGAUUCUGUACCAUACUCAUGAACUUUCAUUUAAUGUCCAUGUCAUUUUGCCCUCACUUAUGUUGAAAAUUACACACGGGAUUCCUCAAAUCCCUAAUUUUGGGUUGUUUGGACGUCGUCCCUCUCUGACAGUUUCGUGUGUGUGUGUUACCAGGUUUAUUUUAGAGGGAAACAAGUGGACUCAGAAGUCCAGUGCUAUGUUUGGGGGAAAAAUGCAAUCAAUUUAACAGCUGAGUGCGUUGAGAAGAAGUUAAUUCAUCCCGUUUUGUUGAAGAAGUGCGAUUCUGCUCUGUGACAGAAAUUCUAGAGAGAAGCAUAAUGGAAUAUAGUGUUUAAUCAGCACUAAAGGCGUCACAUCAAAAAAUAUUCACUGAAAAUACCGAAUGUGUUUUUAAUUAAACUGGGACAAAAUUUAGAUGAGAGUUAUUUGAUUUGAAAUCUUUGUAUUUGCUUUAUGUUUAUGAAUGAGAUGUAUUAUGUAUGUUUUGUGCACAUUACCCAUGUAUCAUUUAUCAACACAUGAUCGUAAUCUGUACACAUUUGCACAAAGCACUGUGUUUGUACAUAUGCAGUUAUUUUAUGUCACAUAUGAUUUUUUUUUAUACAUGUGCAUGUGUCAGAUUUUGCCAGAAAACAAUGAAAAGAGACACAUAUUAUCAAA